GUAUACUAUUUAAAUGGCUAAUAGCUCUCUUGUUAUUAGUAAUGUCUCAGUUAAAAGAUUUGCUGACACUGUGAUUCUUUCUGAGAUUUUUGCGGGGGUUUGUUUUUGCAUUAACCUUUUGCUAAUUAUCACAUUUUUCCAAAAGGACACCUUCUACACAAACAUGCGCUACAUUUUAUUUGCCAACACAUUACUGUCCGACUGUGUGAAUUUGAUUAUGACAAAUUUGGCGCUAAUGUUGGCUUUUUUCCGUGUUACUAUUCAAGUCAGGUCAUGUCUCAUCAUUGUUAUUUUUUCAUCUGUUUACAACUUUGUCACCCCGGUGACUCUGACAGCAAUGGCCCUGGAGCGUUAUGUGGCUAUAUGCAUGCCUCUGCGGCAUGCAGAGCUGUGCACCCUUUUGAGAGCUUUGCAGAGUGUCCUCAUCGUUCACUGCAUCAGUUGUGUCCCCUGCUUAGUGACUCUUACGAUCUAUUUUAUAUCAGCCUCGUUCAGCUACCUCAAGGAAAACGCACUCUGUUCAGUGGAAGUUUUCAUUUUCUACAAAUGGCAGGGUCAUCUGAGAUCAGCUCUAAGUCAGUUCUACUUUUUGGUCAUGAGCAUCAUCAUUACUUUCUCCUAUAUCCAAAUAAUGAAAGUGGCCAAAGUGGCAUCAGGAGAAAAUAAGGAGUCAACACAAAAAGGCCUCAGAACGGUGCUUCUGCAUGGUUUACAGCUGCUGCUGUGCCUCAUCCAGCUAUGGUCUCCCCUCAUUGAAAGUGCAGCGCUUCUGAUCGACUAUGAGUUCUUUGUGACCAUCAGGUUCUUGGACUACAUAUUUUUUAACCUUGCUCCAAGAUGUUUGUGUCCUCUCAUUUAUGGCCUCAGGGAUAAAAAUUUUAAUCUGGCACUUAAACAACUGUUGUUCUGUUAUCAGUUCAAGGACAAAGUAAUAUGCUGAUUCAACAAAUGUAAGUUACUGAGCUUCAAUAUGUGUAAUCUACUU